GUGAAUGGCACAAGUGGUGAGCCGAGGUGAAGUGUGUCGGGAUAGUGAUUCACUGAGAUUUAUAUUUUAGUGUUUACAGUGAAUGGAUAAAGGACAUAGAAUAUUAACAGCGCCAGUGUACCGAGUUUUUACGAAAUAUAGUGUUUUAUAUUAGUGUAAUACGACCGACAGUGAAAACUAAUUUGUGGAUAUUAGUGGAAUGAUAAAAAGGCUGAGUAUUUUCAACAUCAAGGUGAAGAAUACCCACAAGCCUUAAUAACUGUGGUACUCAGGUGUCUCAGGUGUCAUCAUAAAGACUGAGUGACCGCGGGCGUUAUGUACAGUUCGGUAUUAAGGUGAGAAAUUAACCUUUAUAUUCCUCGACAGUUAAGUUAUUUUGUGUCGUAGUCGGUGUCAAGGUGUUGGGAGUGGUGACCCGGACCCCUUUUUCUCAGUGGCGUCCCUCAAUAAAAUGUGACAGAUGGGGAAGACGGACGCGGUGCAGGACGACUUGGCCACCUGCAUAUUCAUCAAGUCCCUGAGACACCACCACUCCAGCCCCGUCUGUCACGACACCAGCAGACACUCCAACAUGUGUGAGUGUCACCGUCGGUACCGCAACUCCUCCUCCGCUUCGUCCUCCUCCUCCACCAGUACCCCGAACCUGGCCUCGUCUAAGAGCACCACCAAUGGCUUCAACAACAACCACAACAAGCAGGCCCUCAAGGAGAAGCUCAUGGCCAGCGACAAGAACGCCAAGAACUUCAGCUUAUCCUCCAACAGAUACAAGAAUUACAAAGGUUCGCCUAAGUGGAAGAUGGACGGACGGAGGAAAUCGACGUCGACGGAAUCAGUUGCCUCGUCCAGGUCUGAGAAGUCUGAUAAGGAGAAGGAGACCGAGCAGGAGUAUGAUCAGGUGUAA